GCGAGCCCGGCUUUGUGGAGCGCUGCGGAGGGUGCGUGCGGGCCGCGGCAGCCGAACAAAGGAGCCAGGGGCGCCGCCGCGGGGACCCGCCACCCACCUCCCGGGGCCGCGCCGCGGCCUCCCGUCCACCGCCACCAUGACCGCCAACGGCACAGCCGAGGCGGUGCAGAUCCAGUUCGGCCUCAUCAACUGCGGCAACAAGUACCUGACGGCCGAGGCGUUCGGGUUCAAGGUUAACGCGUCGGCCAGCAGCCUGAAGAAGAAGCAGAUCUGGACGCUGGAGCAGCCCCCUGACGAGGCGGGCAGCGCGGCCGUGUGCCUGCGCAGCCACCUGGGCCGCUACCUGGCGGCGGACAAGGACGGCAACGUGACCUGCGAGCGCGAGGUGCCCGGUCCCGACUGCCGCUUCCUCAUCGUGGCGCACGACGACGGCCGCUGGUCGCUGCAGUCCGAGGCGCACCGGCGCUAUUUCGGCGGCACCGAGGACCGCCUGUCGUGCUUCGCGCAGACGGUGUCCCCCGCCGAGAAGUGGAGCGUGCACAUCGCCAUGCACCCUCAGGUCAACAUCUACAGCGUCACCCGUAAGCGCUACGCGCACCUGAGCGCGCGGCCGGCCGACGAGAUCGCCGUGGACCGCGACGUGCCCUGGGGCGUCGACUCUCUCAUCACCCUCGCCUUCCAGGACCAGCGCUACAGCGUGCAGACCUCCGACCACCGCUUUUUGCGCCACGACGGGCGCCUGGUGGCGCGCCCCGAGCCGGCCACUGGCUACACGCUGGAGUUCCGCUCCGGCAAGGUGGCCUUCCGCGACUGCGAGGGCCGUUACCUGGCGCCGUCGGGGCCCAGCGGCACGCUCAAGGCGGGCAAGGCCACCAAGGUGGGCAAGGACGAGCUCUUUGCCCUGGAGCAGAGCUGCGCCCAGGUCGUGCUGCAGGCGGCCAACGAGAGGAACGUGUCCACGCGCCAGGGUAUGGACCUGUCUGCCAAUCAGGACGAGGAGACCGACCAGGAGACUUUCCAGCUGGAGAUCGACCGUGACACCAAAAAGUGUGCCUUCCGUACCCACACGGGCAAGUACUGGACGCUGACGGCCACCGGGGGCGUGCAGUCCACCGCCUCCACCAAGAAUGCCAGCUGCUACUUCGACAUCGAGUGGCGUGACCGGCGCAUCACACUGCGGGCUUCCAAUGGCAAGUUUGUGACCUCCAAGAAGAAUGGGCAGCUGGCCGCCUCGGUGGAGACAGCAGGGGACUCAGAGCUCUUCCUCAUGAAGCUCAUCAACCGCCCCAUCAUCGUGUUCCGCGGGGAGCACGGCUUCAUCGGCUGCCGCAAGGUCACGGGCACCCUGGACGCCAACCGCUCCAGCUAUGACGUCUUCCAGCUGGAGUUCAACGACGGCGCCUACAACAUCAAAGGCAGGUUCUCCUGCGGGCAGCUGCUGGGCAGGGAACCCCUUGGUCGGGGCUGCGGUCAGUGCUGCGGGGAGCGCCCUCUGUACCCACACUGGACCCUGGCUUGGCUCAGGGCCAUUCCGGGCCCUAAAGAGACGGGUGUCCAAUGGCCACCAGCGGCUCUGGGAUGCAAGCAGCCCCUUUCCCUCUUGUCUGUGUGGUUGGGGGGACUUACCUUGCCCACCUGACAGAGAGGUGUGUGGGGGGGAGAGCAGGGGUGGGGUGGGGACAGCAGGGAGCGGGGAGGUUCUGGAAAGGGUGUGCAGGGGAGGAUGCGCCUCGGUUAUGGGACUGGAGCCCCUUCCCAGGAGGACUCCUGACAACCCAGAGGUGCCUGUUAGGAUUCAGAACAUGGUUUUUUUGUUUGUUUUUUUGAGACUCACUCCCUCACUCAGGCUGGAGUGCAGUGGCGUUAUCUCGGCUCACUGCAACCUCUGCCUCCUGGGUUCAAGUGAUUCUCCUGCCUCAGCCUCCCAAGUAGCUGGGAUUACAGGUGUGCGGCACCACACCUGGCUAAUUUUUAUUUUUUAUUUAUUUAUUUAUUUAUUUUUUUUUGAGACGGAGUCUCGCUCUGUCGCCCAGGCUGGAUCUCGGCUCACUGCAAGCUCCGCCUCCCGGGUUCACACCAUACUCCUGCCUCAGCCUCCCAAGCAGCUGGGACCACAGGCGCCCGCCGCCAAGCCCGGCUAAUUUUUUGUAUUUUUAGUAGAGACGGAGUUUCACCGUGUUAGCCAGGAUGGUCUCGAUCUCCUGACCUCGUGAUCCGCCUGCCUCGGCCUCCCAAAGUGCUGGGAUUACAAGCGUGAGCCACCGCGCCCGGCCAAAUUUUUAUAUUUUUAUAAUUUAUUAUUUAUUUAUUUUGAGACAGGGUCUUGCUCUGUCACCCAGGCUGGAGUGCAGUGGUGUGAUGUUGGCUCUCUGCAACCUGCGCCUCCUGGGUUCAAGCGAUUCUCCUGCCUCAGCCUCCCGAGUAGCUGGGACUAUGUGUGGGAGCCACCAUGCCUGGCUAAUUUUUGUAUUUUUCGGAGAGAUGGGUUUCACCAUGUUGGCCAGGCUGGUCUCGAAUUCAUGGCCUCAAGUGAUCCGCCCACCUCAGCCUCCCACAGUGCUGGGAUUAUAGGUGUGAGCCACCACACCCGGCUAAUUUUUUGUAUUUUUAGUAGAGACGGAAUUUCACUAUGUUGGCCAGGCUGGCUCGAACUCCUGACCUCAAGUGAUCCACCCACCUCAGCCUCUCAAAGUGCUGGGAUUACAGUCGUGAGCCACUGCGGCCGAGCAGAACACGUUCUAGGACCCUUGUUCAUGUGUCCAUCACGGGCAGGAGGACGUUCGGGCCAUAGGGACCCUGGCUCAUUCCGAAGCCAGGACUGGAGGGUGGGGCGUCACCCUUGGGAACAACCGUGCCCACCCUCUGCUGCCCAGGGUGGGGGUGGGAGCCAGGCUUUGGGCCCCACUUGAUAAAGUCCCCUCCCCAGACUCCACAGGCAAAUACUGGACGGUGGGCAGUGACUCCGCGGUCACCAGCAGCGGCGACACUCCUGUGGACUUCUUCUUCGAGUUCUGCGACUACAACAAGGUGGCCAUCAAGGUGGGCGGGCGCUACCUGAAGGGCGACCACGCAGGGGUACUGAAGGCCUCGGCGGAGACCGUGGACCCCGCCUCGCUCUGGGAGUACUAGGGCCCGCGCGCCCUUCCCCGCCCCUGCCCAUGUGGCGGCUCCCUCCAACCCUCCCUGCUAACCCCUUCUCCUCCAGGUGGGCUCCGGGGCGGGAGGCAAGCCCCCUUGCCUUUCAAACUGGAAACCCCAGAGAAAACGGUGCCCCCACCUGUCACCCCUAUGGACUCCCCACGCUCCCCUCCGCCCGGGUUCCCUAUUCCCCUCGGGUCAGCGGCUGCGGCCUGGCCCUGGGAGGGAUUUCAGAUGCCCCUGCCCUCUUGUCUGCCACGGGGUGAGUCUGGCACCUCUUUCUUCUGACCUCAGACGGCUCUGAGCCUUAUUUCUCUGGAAGCAGCUAAGGGACGGUUGGGGGCUGGGAGCCCUGGGCGUGUAGUGUAACUGGAAUCUUUUGCCCCUCUCGGCCACCUCCUCCCAGCCCCCUAGGAGCUGGGCAUGUGUCCCAAGCCUGUCAGUGGCCCUUCCUGGUGCACUGUCCUGGAAGCCCCUGCUUCGGAAGGGAAGCUGUCGGGUGGGCUAGGACUGAUUCUCGGUGUUUUUUUGGGUGGUGGCUGGAAAAAGCCCCUCUCCCACGUGGCAGAGGCUCAGCCCGGCUCCCUUCCCCGGAGCGGCAGGGCGUGACGGCCACAUGGCCACAAGGUCUGCCUGCUGCACGUUCUGCCAAGGUGGUGGUGAGGGGGUAGGGGUGUAGGGGCCGUCUUCCUCCUGUCUCUUUCCUUUCACCCUAGCCUGACUGGAAGCAGAAAAUGACCAAAUCAGUAUUUUUUUUAAUGAAAUAUUAUUGCUGGAGGCGUCCCAGGCAAGCCUGGCUGUAGUAGCGAGUGAUCUAGCGAGGGGGGGUGUCUCAGCACCCUCCCUCAGGGGGUGCAUCUCAGUCGCCUCUUUCUGUCCUUCCCGUCCAGCCCCAGCCCUGGGCCUGGGCUGCCGACGCCUGGGCCAGAGCCCCCGCUGUGAUUGGUGCUCCCUGGGCCUCCUGGGUGGAUGAAGCCAGGCGUCGCCCCCUCCAGGAGCCCUGGGGUGAGCCGCCGGGGCCCCCCUGCUGCCAGCCUCCCCCGUCCCCAACAUGCAUCUCACUCUGGGUGUCUUGGUCUUUUAUUUUUUGUAAGUGUCAUUUGUAUAACUCUAAACGCCCAUGAUAGUAGCUUCAAACUGGAAAUAGCGAAAUAAAAUAACUCAAUCUGCA